UGUUUCAUAAUUUUAUAUAAAUUACUUAUCUUUAAUCUUUAAUCAGCUGAUCACAAAUUACUUGUACUUUAAAUCAUUGUGAACAGGAACCAGUUUGAAUGGUGGCGGUGCUGGUAACAGCCAUCUUCCCGGCAGAUGCGUUAAUUCUCAUCCAGAGAAAUGUCCCAUGUCCUGUCAAGAGGUUGAUUCGGUCACAGGCUGUAUCGUUUGCAUCAGCAGCUGCCAGUCUGUAGGAUCUGUAACAUCUACACCGACAACAUCACAACCAAGUGUAUCUACAAUAGGUGUACAAAUGACUACAGCAAAGAAAGCUUCACAGCUCACAGGCAUUUGUCAAGCAUUUCCUGUAAACUGUCCAAGAGGGAGUUUUGCAAUACAAAAUGGUUGUCCAGUGUGUACAGCUUUACAGAAAACAGUAGCGCCCUCUUCGACACAAACGACAGUUACAACUACAUCAGCUCCAAGAACAACUCAUGCAUCAUCCACGUGUGCUCCUGUACGGUGUAUUGCGCCAUGUAACAAAGGAAUCAAAUUUGAUGCAUCAAGAUGUCCCGUUUGUGUUUGCUAGAUAUGUUAUAAAUUGUGGUUUGCGUGGUGCACAGCCCUGUGUAUCUUAU